AUGUCUGAAGUUCAAGCAGAUGCAGAAGUCGUGCCAACAGGCCCUGAGCCGGAGUAUCCUGCGUUGGCUCCGAGACAAGUCACCCUUCGUGACCGGGUGACGGUGGCGACCCUGGUGCCCUUCGCCUCCGCAGACGAUGUACCCCGGCCGUUACUGAAGUAUCUCUCUGAUCAAUUCAACAAGGAAAUUGAAAAGGGAGAUACUUAUGCCAUGUCCGAGCCGAUUCCAUUGGCCCAAUUUGGCCGGUAUUGGUUUUCUAGUUUUGGUGUGGUGAUGCUGCUCGGUGAUAUUGAGAGCGCCGAGCAGACGCACUCUAUGGACCGGGCCGGUGCCAAUUGGACUAAGAUUUGCCUCGGUGGCUUUCACAUUCGUCCCAAUUACCCCGGUAGGAGUAGCCAUGUAUGCAACGGUACCUUCAUCGUGACGGAUGCUGCUCGAAACAAGGGUGUUGGUCGACUAAUGGGCGAGUCAUACCUGGAAUGGUCUCCUCGAUUGGGAUACACAUAUGCUGUUUUCAAUUUGGUUUACGAGUCUAACGUUGCAUCUUGUCGCCUGUGGGACUCGCUGGGCUUCAAGCGGAUCGGCAGAGUCCCCGGUGGAGGUCAACUAAAGUCACAACCCGGCGAGUAUGUCGACGCAAUUAUCUAUGGCCGCACGCUUAGUCUUGAUGGCGAGGACUCCGUUUCACAGGAUCGGUUUGAGAAGAUUCGCUACUAUCUCAAGCAUUCAAAGUAUCCUCGUGGUGCUGAUCGAGCCGAAAAAAGCCGACUCCGUAGUGCGGCCACUCAUUACAAGCUCACGGGUGGCGAGGAUGGCGAACCUGAAAGACUCAUGCUCAAAGAUAAGGAAGUGGUAUCAGACCCACAGCAGCAGUAUGAGAUUGCGCAGGAGGUCCAUUUGAAGCAGCAUGCUGGAAUCAACAAGACCACCGCAGCCAUUGCCAUCAAAUUUCACUGGGUUAGGAUUAAGGAGACCGUCAACAGAGUGAUUCGAGACUGUCCGCAAUGCAAAGAGACACUCAAACUGCCACCAAUCCCUGGCACUAAAGAGGAGGAUUCGUCUCCUUCAGUCGAGGCAUCAGAUGUGCCCGAUCACAGUAUGGAGGUUGAUCACUCAAAGCAGGCGAUUGAAAUUACACAGGAGAUGGAUGAAGCUCCAGACGAGUCCCCCUAG